GCCUCUGAAAUCCCUUAGACCUUGGCUGUGUUUUGUGGACGUGGAGUGUACUCCCGGUAUCUCCUUUGCAAAUGGGCCCUGUGGCCUAGCGUUUACUCCCCUGAGCCUCGCCACCUGUGAUCUCAAGCCGUGAGGGUGCUGGGAGCAGUGCUGAAAAGAAACAAGGGUUUAUAUCGGCACAAGAACCAAGACCAAGUACCAUGGCAGCAAUCCCAUCCAGCGGCUCACUUGUGGCAACCCAUGACUACUACAGAAGGCGUCUGGGUUCCACUUCCAGCAACAGCUCCUGCGGAAGUGCUGAAUACUCUGGGGAGGUCAUCCCCCACCAUCCGGGUCUUCCCAAGUCCGACCCUGGCCACUGGUGGGCGAGCUUCUUCUUUGGCAAGCCAACCCAUCCAGUCAUGACAACUGUGUCGGAGUCCCCAGAGAAUUCAGGAACUUUCCAGGUGGCCCACGGCAUGAUCACUUGUGGCCUGGCUCAGGAAGUGAUGAGGAAGCGCCACGCCAGUGAACCUAGCAAACCGAAUGCUGGGCCAUCUGCGUGAACAGGCCGGCGCGUCUUCCUGCUGCCCGCCUGGCUGCUGCUUCUGAUCCAAACGCUAGGCGUCAGAGCCCAUUUUCCACUCCCCCUCCCCGUAGAGUAGACAGGCUGCCUUAAGUAUUUAGACGUAGGUUUUUAAAAAAACAAAAAACAACAAAAAAGUUUCUACACUGCCUUUGUACCGUUUCAUUAACUUGACUGCGUUCUUUCCAUCCAGCCUUGGUAACGCUUUUGUUUACUUCUUCAAUGGAAACCAAUAAACUUAAGCAGCCUUUUAAA